AUGGUUCGCAGGAUCGCCGGCAGUGACAACUACAACCUUGGCAAGUAUGAAGCAGCCGUCGCCGACUACGACAAGGCCAUCGAGCUGGACCCCAAGCAAUGCGAUGUUUUUUGCCGCCGGGGAAAUGCCAAAUACUACUUGGGCAACUAUGAAGCAGCCAUCGCCGACUACGACAGGGCCAUCGAGCUGGACCCCAAGGAUGCCUUUGCUUUUGGAUGCCGGGGCCUCGUCAAUUUCGUCUUGGUCAACGAUGAAGCAGCUAUCGCCGACUGUGACAAGGCCAUCGAGCUGGACCCCACGUAUGCCGCUGUUUUCGCCUGUCGGGGCGAUGCCAAGUACAACCUGGGCAAGUAUGAAGCAGCCGUCGCCGACUACGACAAGGCCAUCGAGCUGAGGCCCAAGUAUGCCAAUGCUUUUCACAGACGGGGCGAUGCCAAGCGCAGCUUGGGCAACUAUGAAGCAGCCAUCGCCGACUACGACAAGGCCAUCGAGCUGGACCCCAAGUAUGCCGCUGUUUUCGCCUGUCGAGGCCAUGCCCAGCACACCUUGGGGAAGUACGAAGCAGCCAUGGGGGACUUUGAAAAUGCCAUCGGGCUGGAGCCAGGCAAUCCUUGGACAUGGUUCUUCCGUGGCGUUUGUGCAGGGAAAAUUGGCUGGCAUGAGAGGGCAGCUCAGGACUACAGCAAGGCCACUCAGCUGGAUCCAAAUUUUGCGGACUUGUCUCGCAAGCGUCGAUGCCUUUCCCUUGACGAACCUCAGAGUAACAGAGCGAGACAUUUGGAGAAAGGCAUCGGGAGGGCGAUCAGUGACUUGAAUACCUUGCUUGCCGAGUGUCCUGAGGAAGUGGACUCAGCUCUCACGUUUGAGCGCUCCUGCUGUGUGCAUCCGGAAACCUUCUUCGAAGUAAUCAGCAGAGAGUUUGGGACGAUCUUCGUUCCAGCCAAGUCUUUGUUUCAAGGAGCGCAAGUGAUCGCAGCCAAUGGGAAAGUGGUCGAAGUCCUUCAUCCACCGGAGCAACACCGGGUCCCUGCGGUGAUUGAGCUGCGGGCUGGUCUUGCAACCCUCGUGGUGAGCCCGGAUCAUCGCAUCCUCGUUCCCGGAACCACUGGCAACACAACAGUCCCGGCCAAAGACUUGCAGCAGCACGGUGGCGUCAUUCUGGCAGAUUGCACGCGCACCACCCUCACAUCGGUGGAGUGGAAGAAUGAGCCCAGCAUGGUGCUGAAACUCAGCUUCAAGCCAGACUUGCCCGUUGCCGCCUUCCUGCGCCCAUCCGCCAUCCUGAUGAAAGGUUCCCGCGACAAAGCCCCAGUGCGCCGCGGCAACCGGAGGUCAAGUGCUUCACAAGCUGAAGCUGAAGAUGCCAUGAGCGCUGCGGACACCGAAAAUGCCGUGAUGAGCCUUCCGGACACCGAAGGGCACCUGCAAGCAGCUGCUGCCGCAGCGGAGACCGCCGCGGAGGAUGCGACCAGGGAGCAGCGGGAGGCCACGGACAUGGAGAAGGCCGAGGAGGAGUCCCGACGCGUAGAAGACGCUGUGCGUGCAGAGGAGGAGGCCCAGGAGGCCGCCGCAGAGGCGGAGCGGCAGCGUCUUGCGGAGGAGGCGGCGCGGCGCGAGGAGGAGGAGAGCAUCGGCAAAGUGAACGAGGCCUUGGCGAACUUCGCCGAGGCUGCAGGGGAGGUGGCCAAGACCGAGGAUGCUGGAGAGCCAGGGCAGGGCGCAGCGGCCGCAGCGGCCACAGAAACCGCAGCGGCCACAGAGGCCGCAGCCGCCACAGAGGCCGCAGCGGCCACGGAGGUCACGGCGGUCACGGCGGCCACAGCGGCCACAGCGACAGCCGCGGCCGAGGUGCCACCAGCAGCUGAUGCCACGGUGCCAGAAGCAACGGCUCCUGCGGAGGGGGACGGCGUCCCGCGGCAGGGCGAGCAGCUUCCACCUAGCGAGGAGGCAGCCGCCGAUGCUCCUGCAGCACAAGGUGCAGACCCCUGGGCAUCUUUGGAUGGCCCAGGGCAGGCUGCGCCAGAAGAGCCCUCCGCGGCGCAUGAGGCUGCUGAGGCCGCGGCCGGCCAGGCCGUGGAACUGGUGCAGGCACCUGCGGAGUCGCCGGCGGCCGAGCUUGAGGAGUCUCCUGCGGAGCCCACAGAGGAGGCGGGCGCGAGAGAGGAGGAAGCUCCCGGUGCUUCGGAGGAGGCGCCAUCAGCAGCCGAGCUGGUAUCUCUCAAGGAGGCAAUGGAUGCCAUGCAGCAACGACAGCUGCAGACGCAGCCCUCUCUCCACGACCUCCUGUCGCCCUCGGCUGUGGACCUCCCUCCAGGGUGGGAGGCCGUCUGGUCAGACGAGUACGAGGCCCAUUACUUCUGGCACGAGCCCACAGACACCGUUCAGUGGGACCCACCUGACAUGCCGUCACCGGAGGCGCCGCCCGUGGCUCUCGAGGAGUCCCAGAUGACCCAGGCGCCGACCUACGAACUCGUCCCGGAGGACCUACAGGAUGAGCCAUCGGAGCCUGCGCUUAGUGAGCCGGAAUAG